AUGACGCUGGAGUCUUUUCGUCUUGGCGGUUUUGCUCUCAGGUUUCGGCGAUCCAGAUCGACCAAACCGCUGGCUGGGGUUCAGAAGGGUGGCCAUGUACCGAACAGUACCGUGCCGCUCGAAAACGCCCCCCUAGUUCCCGGUCGUGACCUGGUACCACAUCACUAUGGCUUCGUGGGGUUGCAUUCUUGCCUGGCCCGUGGCCCCCGAAGAGUUUUGAAUCCCUCAUGGGUUGUGCUUGGCAGAAUCCGAAAAUUGUUUGGGGCCAGUAACAACAACCUCUAG